UAUUGCUUUCGUGACUGUAAUAACCGGUGUUGACCGCUGUAUAAGGAGAGGGAAAUUUGCAAAUAAUUGCUUGAGGCGAGAGUGAAGUGUCGAUGGGGAUUCUGAUGUAUAAAAAACAAAAAUGAAAACGAAAGUCCAUAAGAAAAAUUCCGCCUCGGAGCCGGAUCUCAACACGGCCGGAAGAAAUCACAAAUCCGGCUUUCCGCCGGGGACCACAGUCGACGAACUUUGGUUAUAUCGCCGGAAACGAGCAUCAGAAAAUGAGUGGCCUAGUGACAACCUGAAACUGCGAGAGGGCUCUUUCAAAUUGCUGAAAAGCGAAUAUACUCGCAGAUUUAAAGAUUUCUGGUCGUGUGAAAACCUCCGAGAGGAUAUUUCUCCUACCAGAAGAGGGAAACCUGACGACCAUCUGAUACUUGAAGGACUCCACGACUUGCAUCCGCUCUACAAAGAAAAUUUUGUUCAAUAUCCGAUUGAAAGGCUAGUGCAUAGACCUACCACUAGUUCGUUUCAAAUUAUUGAUUCGAAUGAAAACGAAAUGAGGGAAAAUUCAAGAGAGAAUGAAAGACUGUUGACCGAUCUUCGGUCAAGAUACCCGCCAUAUCCCCCACAGGAACGCCCCCCUUUAAUUAGGAGAAAAACUAAUUUAAAACUUGAGGGCGACUUGUAUACAACGACCGAAAAAGCCGAAAAAUUCAUUCAGUAUCUCCUCACCAACAAACGACCCAUGAGGAAGAAACCCACAACUUUGAAACUAGAAGGCGAGAUGAACAUAAAUACAGAAAACCGCGAAAAGUAUGUCCCUUAUGAGAUCGCUCCAAGACCUCCACUUUGCAAAAAGUUCACAAACCUUCACCUGGAAGGUGACUUGAGUAUUCUUACGGAAAAACAGGAAAAGUUUGUUCGAUAUGACGUCCAGAAACGGCCUCCUCUCACCAAAAAACACACAAAUUUGGUAAUCGAGGGCGAACUUGAUUUACUCCCGGAAUAUCGGCGGGAAUUCAUUGAAUAUAAGACAGAACGGCCGAAAUUGGCACUUCCGGUGAAUAAUUUAAAAACUAACGGAUUUUUCGAUGUGGUCCCCGACGUUUCGGCCGCUUUUCAGCAACAAAUCCACCCCCAAAUCCCCAAUUUGCGAGGGGGUGAGGGGCAUGAAGAUAUGGCUUUAAAGACAAGGCUUGGGCGCACACCUGAAAAUAGUUUAGUGCGAGUUGAAGCUCCGAUGGAGAGUGAGACUGAAAGUCGAACGCAGUUUGUCGAGAAAGCUUCCUCAAAAAGUGAGCCUGCGAAAAUCACUAAUCACUUGCAUUUGGAAGGAAGAAUUGAUUUGAACCCUGAAUAUAGAAAUGCGUAUAUUGACUUUAAUAAAGAGGUUUCAGCGCCUCGAACCCGCCGUCGGGGCCCUGAAAGUCACCUGAAAAGUGAAGGGAAGAUGGAAAUUUCUCCCGAAUAUAAGUGUUCGUAUGUCGAUUUUCCGCGGACGCGGCCGCAAGUCAAACGACCUGAAAAUAGUCUAUCGAGUGAAGGAGAGAUCGACCACAUGACUGAAAAAAACGAAAAGUAUGUUCCUUUUUCCAACGUCCCAAGGACUGGCCCCUUAAAACGGGACACUGAACUGAAAUUGGAGGGAAACAUUGAGUGCCAACCUGAAUACCGAAAAGCCUACAUCGAUUAUUUAAUCCGCGAAAGAGUGGACCGCAAAUCUAGACCUUUGGACAAUUUAGGCCAACCACCACGACGAAUAAUCGAAACGGAACCGGUCGAAAAAACAGUGAUUCAUUCCCAAACCCCUGCUGUCAAAGAAGAGCCACCCAAACGCGCUAAAAGCACCCGGAACCGCUCCCUCUCCCAGAUCGAAACUUCAGUAUUCGGCCCCAAACUCACAGUUCCUGACAAACCUCCGUCAAGGAGCUCUAGUCCGAAACCUCCAUCACGGCGAAGAUCCCGGACUGUCCCUCGAAACGCUUCAAACUCGUCCGAUUCGGACGUUCCUUCACGCAAACACAAAACCUUCGGGAAACCAGUCCUGGUUGAAAAUUUGGCAAGUCGGAGUACUACACCCGUUUUGCCGUUGAUAGACGUCUCGGCAAGGAAUAAAUGGAUGAGGGAUAGUUCGCUCGAAUCGUCUUCAGCUUUCGUCGUCUUGGACAAAAAUGUCAAGAAGGAGAAAUGGACGCCGUGGCAGAAUUAUUAG